AAAUAAUUCUGGUAAUAAAUAUUAUUGUUUAGAACUUUUCUACGGUGACAUGCAUGUCACGGUGACAUGCACUUUUCGGUCGACCUCAUAUAGGAUUAGGUCGACCUAAUCUGUUGUUUCAGUGUAAAAACAGUUUCCUGGUGUCUACUUUGGAGAUUCAUAUCUUACAAUUGGCUAGAUGGAAAUUGGAGAUUAAAGGCUUGUUUUGAAGCUGAAGUGUCCCUCUACACAUUAAAGUACUUGGGAGCUCAAUAGAAAGUCCAGAAGACCAUUUUUGAACCUGACCAAAAGGCUAUGCCAAAACUAGGAAACUGCCUAAAAAUGGCUAAGUCUGGCAACGUGUUUGUCAAGCCUACUUUGGAGCUCAAUUUGAGAAGCAUGGAUGCGAGUCAAGUCCAGGGGUCUCUACCACAUUAAAUUACGUAUUUUUUUAUACAAAGGCAAGGCAUUGGAUGAAAGAUUGAAUAUCUUUAAGGAUUCAAACAAAAGGCUCGAAGUUGCUACGAAGGCUGUUUUUUCUGGCAGCUUGCUUGUGCUCGAAGUCUGCCAGAAAAACAGCCCUCGUAGCAACUUCGACCCUUUUGUUUGAAUCCUUACCGAUAUCCAAUCUUUCAUCCAAUGCCUUGAAUUUCUAUAAAAACAUACCUAAUUUAACGUGGUAGAGGCUCCUGGAAUCGACUCGCAUUCAUGCUUCUCGAAUUGAGCUCCAAAAUAGCCUUCACAAACACGUUUCCAGACUUAGCCAUUUCCAGGCAGUUUCCCAGUUUUGGCAUAGCCUUUUGAUGAGAUUCAAAAAUAGUCUUCUGGACUUCCUGUCGAGCUCUCUUCCACUUCAAUAUGUAGAGAGACACUCCAGCUUCAAAACAAGUCAUUAGUCUUCAAUUUCCAUCUAGCCAAUUGUAUGAUAUGAAUAUCCAAAGUAUGCACCAUGAACUGUUUUGACACUGAAACAACAUAUUAGGUCGACCUGAUCCUAUGAGGUCGACCGAAUCCUAAAUGAGGUCGACCAGAUCCUAUAUGAGGUCGACCGAAUUCUAAAUGAGGUCGACCUAAUCCUAACUGAGGUCGACCGGAAAGUGCAAGUCACCGUGACAUGCAUGUCACCGUAGGCACACCCUAUUGUUUAUGAUAUUGACGUGAUUCAUCCGGCCAACGGGCGGGCCCAUUCCUAGUAAAAGAGUACAGGUUUUCCAUAAAAAAAUACCUUCAACUUAUAAAUUGGCAUAUUGUAAUACACUGAAUUAAAAUUCGAUCAUUGAAGAAAAAAUUUAAUUUAAUAGGUGAAGACAUCUAGGGAUGGCAACAAAACCCAAACCCACGGGUACCCACCCGACCCAAUUCGGUCAACGCGGGUAAAAUCCGUGUUGACGGGUUUUAGGCCGGGUUUGGGUUUAAACCCGUUCACUAUUCACCGGGUUGGGUUUGGGUUUAGGUAAACCCGACCAAUGGGUACCCGCCCACACCCAUAUAGUUAAUUUUCUCGGUAUAUCUAAUAUUCUAAACAACUAAUCUUAUUUAUGUUUCUGGAGACAUGUCUAUUUUUUUCUUUCUAAUUGUGUAGAAUGAAGUUGAUGUCAUCGAGUGGAGAGUGAAGAAACUUAAUUGAAAGGAAGAAGCUUUCAAUUAAUCAUGUUAUUUAUGGAUAAUUUGUGAUUUGCUUCAAUUUUAUUGAGUUUUCUAGAUUGGUGUUGAACAAUUUGUAUAGUUAAUUUGUGAUUUGCUUGAAUUUUCUAGAAUGGUGUUUUAUAUAUGGAUAAUUUGUAUUGAGAGAUUGAUAUUUGACUUUAAUUUUGAUAGGAACUUGUUAUUGUAAAUUUUUUACGACAAAAACCCGUGGUUACUCAUGAACCCACGGAUACCCAGCGGGUUGGGUUGGGUUUGAGUUUUUUAAACCCAGUGGGUUUUACCCAGGGUUUUUUUCACGAAUAAACUCAUGGGUUUGGGUUUGAGUUUUGAAAAAUCCGACCCAACCCGACCCAUUGCCAUUCCUAAAGACAUCAUCAAAUAUUUGGUUGAUCGAUGUUUUUUUUUUUUUUUUUGCCAUUCAAAACCCCAGAAGCGGGGAAUGAAAAAGAUACAUUAUCUGAAAAAGAUCCAAAAGGAUCCUUACAUACAUCGUAAUCAAAAGACGAAGUCGAACCCCUUAAACAUACGGGGCGACAUGAACAGAGCAUGACGAGCCACAGAAUCAGCUUCCCUGUUGUUGGAACGAACAAUGAUCGAUGAUUGGUGUGAGCCAUUGGUUUGAAGGUGCCGAAGCCCAACAUGCACAUUUUGGGUCAGUUAUAACUUAUAAUCUUCGGCCCAUACCUUGAAACUUUAAAGCCCAGCAGAAAAGGCAGGAUGACCGAACUACCCUUCCUCCCCCCCAAUUCUUUUCGUCCCUUGCUGCUUGUUGCUCAAGAAGGAACGAAUAAUAUACCAUCCCUUAGUUCUUCGCUCAACAGAAAGGAUCGCAACUUUGAAUCGGAAACCUCAGACCAAGCAGUAGCAGCAGCAGAUCAACGACAAUGGAGUGCGUGUUCGGGUUAGUCGGGAACGAUUACGCAAUAGUGGUGGCAGAUACCUCCGCCGUGCACAGCAUCUUGGUUCACAAAUCCAACGAGGACAAGAUCAUGGUCCUCGACUCCCACAAGCUCGUCGCCGCCAGCGGCGAGCCCGGCGACAGAGUUCAAUUCACCGAGUAUAUCCAGAAGAAUGUGGCUUUGUAUCAAUUCAGGAACGGGAUCCCUCUGACAACAGCGGCUGCAGCCAAUUUUACUCGGGGAGAGCUGGCUACUGCUUUGAGAAAGAACCCAUACCAAGUGAACGUGUUGAUGGCCGGGUAUGACAAGGAGAUUGGUCCUUCUUUGUACUACAUCGACUACAUUGCUACCCUUCACAAGGUCGACAGGGGAGCAUUUGGGUAUGGCUCCUACUUCUGUCUGGCCAUGAUGGACAGACACUACCACAGUGGCAUGACCGUGGAGGAAGCAAUUGAUCUGGUGGAUAAGAGCAUCCUGGAGAUCCGAUCGAGAUUGGUCGUGGCACCACCAAACUUUGUGAUUAAGAUCGUUGACAAGGAUGGUGCAAGGGAGUAUGCCUGGCGCGAGUCGGUUAAGCCUGAUGCAGCUUAAAUGAGAGCUCACAACUUUAUGUUGUUGUUUCUGAACCUCUCUACUGUGUUUUUAGCUGGCUCAGCUUGUAUGGAUCACCAUGGAAUUCUCAGAUUUGGUUACAAAGAUAAUUAUCUUCAAGCUUUUAACGAUUUAUUAAUGGAGCUUUAAUUUUCUUUUUGCAUAUAAUUUCAACUUGGGUUAGAGCAUAAACGUCGAUGUUUAAUUUCUGGCUCCUAGAGAUUUUUUUUUUACAAGCUACUGAAUGAGGUAUGGGGUUAAAAGCAGCGUCAAUCCCAACAGGUAAAGCUUUCGUUUGUUUGUUUUUAGCAAGGAUUUAAAUAACGGCGGUUCAACUAAAAACCUCUUACUGGAGGUUAAAUUGGUAAUCGGUGUGAAGCGGUUGAAUCAUGGUUAAACUACGGUUUUAGCAUAAAAUACCCUACCGUUGACUUUUCCGAUACAACUUCCGGUAUGGUAUUUCAAUAUUUGGUUUUUAGUAUUUUUUAUGAGGGUGCCCUAUAUUAAUGAGAAUAUAUGACCAACUAGAAAGUUUUGAAACAAUCGUGUUACAUAUUUCAAAAGAGGUGGAUUGAGUUCGAGUGGGGUGGAUUGAGUUCGAGUGGAUUGAGUCGUUUGGUUAAGUGAAUUUUUAUUAAUAGUUUUGAUGACGUAGAGUGCGUGACUGGACAAAACUAACAUAUUGUUCAACGGAGAAGGACAUAAUGACCAUUUUGAUAUACAUUCAAAAUGCGAGUUAUCGUAUCGUUACAAAUUAAAGGUUUGUGACAGAUUUAUACUAAGUGCAAACUUUUGUGACCGUUUAUUCUAUUUACUCGUGAUAUUAGAAAAAAAAUUGUUUCUUUUUAUGUCAUUUGCGUCUUUAUCGUGUCUUUUUCUCAUUAUUGGGUCAUUGUCAGGUCUUUUUGCUCCACAAAGCUUCUUCAAAGAGCUACCUAUGUAGUGACAUAGCGAGCUACCGAAUUUGGUUGGAGUCAACCUUGUAAUCAAAUAAUAGUAUUGAGUAUGGUCGGAGCUAAUCUUGUAAUCGGGUCGUUGUGCUUGUACCCAUGCCCUUUGGGCUUGCCUUUAAAAAAAUGUCGCAACUAGGAUAGGCAAAGCUGGGUAAACGUUAAAAUGGAAGAGAAAAAUAUAAACGACUACAACUAAACUUUUUUUGCCAGACAUUUGAAUAAACUGAAUUGAGAAUUCAUUUUCUUUUAAAAUAUAUUCAUGUGGAAUGAAUUGUCAAAUAAAUUCCAAUGUAUGGAAUGUAAUAUUCAAAUUUUUAGAAAUAAAUUGAAUUCUGAAAUCGUGUUUGGAUAUGUUUCAAAUUGAAUUAAAUACAAAGUUUUCAACUAUAGCCUUAUUAAUUUUGAAUAGAAACAAUAUUGUUAUUAUUAAUUAAAAAUCCAUCUUCUAAAAACACAAGUGCCAAAAUUAUCAUCCAACCAAUCUGACCAAGCAAAAAAUAGGAAUAAGUAGAAGUAGCAGGGGAUAGCAACUUAGCAGAAUAAUGAAAUUUGGAGAGUCAAUCGGAAAGUACAUAAAAGACGAUAUAGAAGCCAAGCGAUGAUUAUAUAUUAGCAAUUGGGCAAGGAAGAUUAGGCACACAAAUUUGGAGUAUUGGCGUCAAAUUAUAUAUAUAUGAGUAAAUUACUCAAUAAUUCAGUAAGUUAUGUUAUUUUAUCAUAAUUAGUAAAAUACUUGAGGAAUUUAUUUGUAAAUUUCACAUCAAUUCUCAAAAUUGUUAAAACUAAAUGAAUUUCUUUUUAGGGUAAUGUCUAUUUAGUAGUCAAACCUUUUUUCAGAUUCUUUUAUAAUAGCCAAACCUAUUGAAAUAUUAUUUAUUAACCAAACAUUUUGUAACAUGCCAAAAUGUUAACUUUCAAUCUGUUUCCAUUAAAUAUUUACUAACGAUGGUCCGCCUCAACAUCCACCUCAGCGUCCACCUCAAAAAUAAUUUUAAUUAAAAUAAGAAUUUAAAGCGAAA